AUGCAUGCACCGCUGAUCCUCCGCAAGUGGCGGAGGAAGACUGGGAACGCCAUAAUGGCAGUGCUCCCGCCUCUGAAUUUCUUGACGCUACACUAUCUCUAUUUCAUUGCUACAUGCAUGAUCGCUAGUAUCAUUUUCUAUUUAACAUCGACGCCAUGGCUCAGUGUUGCCUACGUGGACUCGAUUUUCCUGUGUGUCAGUGCCAUGACCGGUGCUGGAUUGAAUACGGUGGAUCUGUCAACUCUGAAUAGCUUCCAACAAGCAGUUUUGUUCGUCCUGCUUAUUUUGGGCCAUGCCAUUCUUAUCUCCCUCACCGUACUUCUAGUACGUAAGAGGGCUUUCGAGGCAAAGUUCAAGGGUGUCUCCGAUGAGCGGGAAAGAGAGCGGUCUACUCGUAACCCCUCGCAAGUUGAACUGCAGGACCGGGAACCCGUUCAAGGAAGUACCGGGGCUGAUCUCUCCGGCGAGAACACCGAUGGACUCAGCUGUAAGCCACGCGCAAAGACAUCUGUGCUGGUCCAAAUCAAACCGGGAGAGUCAUCAUCCCGUGAUGAACAGCAAUGGGUGGACGACGACCAAAAAACCAUUGGCGGCACACCCCGUCACCAUCACCACCGAGUCUUCCCCAUGGCUGGCAUUGGGGCGAGACCGGAUCUGCAUAAUCACCCCCGCGACGCAGUGCCCAAUGUUCCCUUGGUAGUCGAGGAUUCAGUAUCUGGCUUCAAGGGACUUCUCCGUGGUACGCAGAAGUACAUGGCGUCUAAGGGACUUGUGUCUCGCAACUCCCAGUUCCACGAUCUCACUCCUGCUGAGCGUGAUGAGCUAGGUGGCGUCGAGUACAAGGCCGUCUCAUUUCUGUCGGUGGUUGUGUUCCUUUACUUUAUCUUGUUCAUUAUCUUUGGCAUGAUCGGUGUCGGUGGCUGGCUGGAAGUCAAUGAUCCCGAAGUGACGCGCACGAAUGGCCUCUCGCCUUUCUGGACGGGUGCUUUCUUUGCUGUUUCUGCUUUCGUGAACAGUGGCAUGUCGCUUCUGGAUGCUAAUAUGACUGCUUUGCAGUUGAAUGCUUACCCACUUCUCACAAUGGGAUUCCUGAUUCUUGCCGGAAACACCCUCUUCCCAUGUUUUCUUCGGUUCAUCAUCUGGACCAUUAGGAUCAUGCUUCCGGAUCGGCCGAGGUGGCAGUCGUGGCGUAUAACCCUUGAUUUCAUCCUGGAGCAUCCUCGAAGGGUCUAUACUAAUCUCUUCCCUGCUCGCCAUACGUGGUAUCUACUUGGCACAAUUAUCAUUUUGAACGGUAUCGACUGGGCGGCAUUUGAGCUGCUGUCUAUUGGAAACAAAGACAUUGAGAGUCUUCCUUCUGAGUACCGUGUGUUGGAUGGACUCUUUCAAGCCCUAGCGGUACGCGCUGGUGGAUUCUACGUUGUAACCAUUGCCGAUCUUCGCCAAGGUCUCUUGGUUCUCUAUGUGCUCAUGAUGUACGUCUCUGCGUACCCAGUAACACUCACAAUGCGCAACACGAACGUCUACGAAGAACGCUCGCUAGGCAUCUACGCGCACGACGAAUCCCCAGAUUCACCAGCAAACACAAGCCGCAGCAACGUAGUAAUGGACCUAAUCCGCCACCACCUCGGCCGUCCAGGCCCAUCUGAGACUUCGCGCGGCUACUUCGUGCACCAGCAGCUCCGCUCCCAGCUCAGCCAUGACCUGUGGUGGAUCGCGCUGGCGGUAUUCUUCAUCGCCAUCCGCGAGUCAGACCACUAUGAAUCCCAGCCUGUGGCUUUCUCCACCUUCAACAUCAUCUUUGAGGUUGUAUCUGCUUACGGAUGUGUCGGUGUCAGUCUUGGGUUCCCUGGGAAGAAUUACUCGUUCUGUGGCGCAUGGCAUACUGUUAGCAAGUUGAUUCUUGCGGCUGUGGCUUUGCGCGGUAGACAUCGCGGUUUGCCCGUUGCUAUUGAUAAGGCUGUUAUGUUGCCCAGUGAGUCCUUGGCUUGGGCUGAGGAGGAGGAUGCUGCUAUGCGGAGGGAUAGGUCUAGGGCUUGGGGUCAGGACCAUGGACCUGUUGGGUCUGUUUAG